AUGCGAUGCUUCUCCACACAGCCUUCGAGAUCAGAACCGCCAAAAGCCUGGACGCCGAUACCGUACAUCACCGAGACCAUCGGAGGUGGCUGGCGACAAUCUGAUAUCUUCUCGAAGCUUUUACAAGAACGAAUCGUUUGUCUGAAUGGCGAGGUGAACGAAACCCUCUCUGCGGCCAUCGUCGCUCAACUCCUCUACCUCGAAUCCGAUGCCCCCGAGAAAGCUAUUACACUAUACAUCAACAGUCCUGGUGGUUCGGUUACUGCUGGCUUGGCGAUAUACGAUACUAUGACAUAUAUACGGUCUCCAGUGUCUACAGUAUGUGUUGGACAGGCUGCAUCCAUGGGUUCCUUGCUCCUUUGCGGCGGGGAGAAGGGAAAGAGAUUCUGCCUCCCUAAUAGCAGUGUCAUGGUGCAUCAACCUAGUGGCGGUUAUUUUGGGCAGGCCAGCGAUAUUGCCAUACACGCACAAGAAAUAUUGAGGGUGCGGAGGAAAUUGAACGAAAUCUUCAAGAGACAUUUGACGAAGGAGCAUACGCUAGAAGAUAUCGAGAGGAUGAUGGAGCGGGACAGGUUCUUGAGUGCCGAAGAAGCUUUAGACCUAGGCAUUGUGGAUGAGAUCCUUGAGCGAAGGACCGAGGACAAGAAAGAGGAGAAAGAGGUAGCAAUACAUGAAUGA